AUGUCGCGUUUCAUCCGCUCCCGCCCUGGCGCGGGUAAGAAUGGCGCGGCCAAGCUCACCGGCUUCACGGAGGCAGAACUGGCCGCGGCGGAGUGGGCACGGGCGUUGCCGGAGGUGCGCGAAAACUACAGGAGGACCACCAACGCCGAAGUCAAGGGAGGCUCGGUUGUCCGGGCGGCCCCAUUGUCAUCCUGCUUAUUGCCCGAGGGGCCGCUCGCUGCUCUGGUCAUGCAGGGCGCUGGCGCGAAGGAUGCCGAUAGGAGGAACAUUGAGAAGAAGAAGAAAAAGGAGAAAAAGGAGGAGAAGGAAAAGGACAGCUGCCUGCUGCCUGACGGGGCGGUCACUGCUCUGGUCGUGGAGGGCGCUUCCGUGAAGGAUGCCGAGGGAAGGAGGAAAGAGAAAAAGGAGAAAAAGGGGGACAAGGCAAAGGAGAAUAAGAAGGAGAGAAAGGCGGGGAAGGAAAAGGACAAAAAGGAGAAGUUGGCGGCUCUGGGCGGCGCCGAGGCCGCCGGGACCCCGCCUGCCAGCGGUCUGGACGCCUGUGGGCCUGCGCCUACUGGGGACGCGGUCGACGCUCUGAUCGAGGCCGCCAGAGCGCAGGCCGCCAGAGCGCAGGCGGCUGUGCCAGUGCCCUCGUCUCCUUCGGGGUCCAGGAGCGCGUCCCGGGGCCCCAAGUCCCUGCCGCCGCCUGGGGACCGCGUGCCGCGCGACCCGCGCAACCCGCUGCUGGAGGCGCAGGAUUUGAACGCGUACCGGGAGUACCUGCGGGCCGCGGACGGGCCCGAUGGCGGCGCCCGCGGCAGUGGGGAGUCCCGGUGGAACCACGAGGGCUUCCUGAACAGGUCGCCCUCGCCGUGCCGGGACCGCACGGAGGGCGCCUGGGCCAGCACUCGCCGCGGCGCCUGGAGAAGCCGCGCCGGGGGCGUGUACAUGCCGCCGAGCGGCAGGGUGGAGGGCGAGGAGGACGCAGGCGCCCCGACAACAGGGGCUUCCGGUCGCCCAGCAAGAGCCAGAGCCCAGCCAAGUACCUCUACCCAGAGGAGUUUGCGAAGCGCGGCGCCCUGCAGGAGACAGCGGCGGUCGCCUUCCUAUUCCCCCAGCCGUGCGACGGCCCUCGCCAUCGCGAAGUGCGACGCGCUCGCGCUCCCGUCGCAGACGGCGAGCCAGGGCGCCCGCCGGCCGCCCGCCCGCGUCCCGGAGCAGCUCGUGCGCGGAGCGGCGCAGGGUAUCGGCACAACGCGCCUCACGUGGGUGCGCAUGGCCAGACCAGACCAGGAAGAGUUCGUGGACGGGGAGGCUGUCGACGCAGGAUCCCGGGUCUACGGCCCCAGAGGGCAGGUCCGCGUACGGCUUGGCUGGCGGCUGCUCGGGGCCGCGGCGGGGGUCUGCCGCGAUCGCUAUCGCCUCGACGAGCCCGACGUGGUGCAGGGGCCAGCGCCGCAGUCUGUGCAGCGGGCCGAGGUCAAGAUGCCCAUGGGCUUUGGCAAGCGCGCCGGUACAGUGGCGUUCGCCUGCGAAGCUGAAGCGUGCAAUUAG